UAUAAAACAAGAUCACCAGCGUUGAGGAUGAUCCACUUUGUGUUUGACCGCCCGGCACGGUAGCCACAUUCGAAGGGGCUUUUCUCUCUGAAGACACACAGCCGCCCAUCACAAGAAACCAUGCAGCUCUUUGUAACCGUUUUGUUGUGUGUUGUCGUUACAAACUGUGCGGCACACUCCACCAACCUGGCACUCUUCACACCGUACGUACCGGUACACCCGCUCGAUGAAGGAUACUUCCCGCGGACCCGCUAUUUCGAGAACGUGGAAACGGGCCUUCUACAGGAACAUCCGAUUGUGCGCUUUCCCGACACUACGCACUCACAUCCUUACUUUCCCACGGAACCACUGCUACACUUCCCACACCAACAGUCGCUCCCACAGCAACACUUUCACCAGCCCACCCAACACCAGCAGGAUCUGUUCCUGCCCGACGAUCGGUACCUAAGCUUUAUCGCUCCAUCCUCGCCGCUCGUUGCGUACGUCCCGGUGCACCGUGGUAAGCCGGGCCCCUGGGCAGUGCCGAACGUGUUCAUCAAGGGCCAGGGCUACAGCACCAACCACUACGUUGCACCGGCGCUCAUGAAGAAGGUUCUCGCACAGGACCCACGCUAAUGCCUGAAAGCUUCUCAAACAAAUCAACGCAAAUCAGUUACCAGCCAGUGUUGUGUUCCGGUGGGAGAGUUCUGCGAGAAAUACAGCUGUUUAUUGACUAAGUUUUAA